AGUCCACACCCUGUGAAGCUCAAGAUGGUCCUGAGUGGGGCGCUGUGCUUCCGGACCCCUGAUUGCAGGAUGUGCUCCCUCCCCACAGCAAGAUACUACAUAAUUAAGGAUGUGGAUCAGAAGGCUCUGUACAUGCGAGACGGCCAGCUACUGGUGGGAGAUCCUGAUGCAGACAACUGCUGUGCAGAGAAGAUCUGCAUUCUCCCCAACCGAGACCUGGACAGCAGAGGCCUGGACCGCACCAAGGUCCCCAUCUUCCUGGGGAUCCAGGGGGGCAGCCGUUGCCUGGCAUGUGUGGAGACUGGAGAGGGACCUCUCCUGGAGCUGGAGGAUGUAAACAUUGAGGACCUGUACAAGGGCGGCGGACAGGCCACUCGCUUCACCUUCUUCCAGAGAAGCUCCGGCCCCGCCUUCAGGCUGGAGGCUGCCGCCUGCCCAGGCUGGUUUCUCUGCCGCUCCUCUGAGCCCCCGCAGCCAGUCCAGCUCAUCGAAGAGAGUGAGCCAUCGGCCUGCACUGAAUUCUACUUUGAACAGAGUCGGUAGGGAGGCAGGAGGCCGAGGUCCAGCCUGGAGCCCCCAGACUGAGCUCAAACUUUGUAGGCAAUGGUCCCACAUCCUGAUCCCUGAACCUGUGAAUAUGCUAUCUUACCUUGUGACCAUGAUUAUGUGGAGGCUAGUGCAUCCUGGACUAUCCCGUAGGGCCCAUCACAAGGGCCCUCCAGUGAGGGAGGGAGGAGGGUGAGAGCCCAAGAGAGAUGGGAAGAUGUGAUGCUGUUCACUUUGAAGAUGGAGGAAGGGGUGAUGAGCCAAGGUGGUUCCUAGAAGCUGGGAAAGGCAAGGGAAAGGAUAUGCUUCCAGAAGAAACAUGGUGUAGGUUGUGACAACUUGAUUUCAGUCCAAUGAAACCCAUUUCAGAUGCCUGACCUCCAGAACUGUACAAUAAUAAAUGUGUGCUGUUUGAAGCCA